UUUAGAGAAAUAUUCAUUCUUUGUUCCACAAAGCUAGAGCAAAAUUUUUUAAACUAAAAUACAAAAUUUCCAGUGAAAAAGUUAGUGAAAAUUAUCCAUCAUGGUGAUAAAAUACUUGGAGUUUUUUAUAUUUUUUGAAGUGAUGUGUAUAUAUACUAAUGCGAUUGUGAUUAACUCGAUAGAUAAAAAAGUUAUCACAGAUGACUCAACACCACGGCUCUUCUACAUCAAGGAAAACUCAGGCCUCGUGCACGUAUCAAGCUUUGAAUCUGGGAUCGUUUCCCGUUUACAGCACGGUGAGCACGCCGUGGCCGUCGACUACCACUAUCCCAUGAACCUCCUCUUCUGGACGACAUCAACUGGUAUCGUUUAUUCAUGUUCGCUGUACCAGCUAAAGAACGUCACUCGGGUUUACAGUGACGAUAAUUGGCAACCUGUUUCCUUCGCCGUCGAUUAUCUCAGCGAUCGCCUUUACAUUCUUGAUGCAACGACCAAUACUUUGCGCCUCCUCGGCCUCGAUGGCCAGCAUCCUAUUAUUCUAGCCGUAGGUGCGAGAUAUUUUCAACCGACGCAUAUCGAGCUUGAUUCAAACCAGGGUUACGUCUUCUUGUUCGACGAUCGAUAUGGCCAUAUACUACGUAUGAAUAUAGACGGUUCCAAAUCGAUACUACUCAAUCCAUAUUCUUGUAAGAUUAAGAAUCAUGGCGUCAAAAUCACAUUGGAUCGUAUCAAUAAGAGAAUUAUUGUGGCUUCUCGAAUUCAUAAGAAAAUUUUUACUAUUGAUUAUAAUGGAAAUAUUUUAAAUACGGUGUUAGAACCUCAAAAUGGUGUAUUGAGUAUGAGUAUUACAAGAAAUCAUCUCUUCUGGGUAAACGCAGCUUAUUAUAGUUUUGGUACAUCGUUCGUGGAUGGAAGCGUGUACAAAUGUGAUUAUAAAGAGGCUCGAGGUUGUCGUAACGGUUCGAUUUCCAUAUUGCACGAGAGUCUUCCUGGUAUUCGCGUACUAGUACUGAAAGCAGUUGAACCAGAUAAUCAGAAACGGACAGCUUGGUAUAAUCUGGAGAGCGAGGUCCGCGUUUGUCAACAACUUCGCUUGGGAGAUGGUUGUGCUUGUGAAAUUGGCUGGAGUUUAGCAAACGAUUCGAAGAGAUGCAGACGUAUCGACGAAUUCUUUAUUUACGAAGAUAAUCAAAUAGUACAUAGUAUGUGCUUCAAAAACGAACAAUUAUCGAGGUGCCAGGCAAUCGCGCCCUUCAAAGCGAAUCUGCAAUUCAAAAUCAAUCAACGGACCGGUUUUACCUACGAUGCCACAACCAGAUUACUAUAUUAUGGUGGCAAGGAAUCAAUUUAUCGUGUGAACGUUGACACGGCGGAAAGUAAACGGCUGCUUUAUCAAAAAGGUGUUUUUUAUGGUCCCAUGACUCUUGACUGGAUUACUAAAAAUCUUUACUAUACAGAAAUUGAGUGGCGGGGCAACGUGACAUACUACAUCUUAAAGGUGAUGUUGGCACGUACGGAUGAUCCUAAGCGGAUCGAAGAAUCAACAUCAUUGUUGUGGGAAUUUGGAAAAAUUGAUUCCUUAAUGAUUCAUCCGAAUCAGGGGUACUUAUUCGUUUCUACUUUCGAUAAUAAAAUACAAAAGUAUCGCUUAAUUAGAUUUAAUGCAGACGCAAGAAAUUUGACGGUUUUGACAGCACUUAGUGACUUUAAAUUCAUAUCGCUCGAUUACUCUGAAGAUAGAAUUUAUGCUCUGAAUGUGAACGAUUCAUCAAUAUUAAGUACUGAUCUAAAAGGGCAAGAGCUCAUACAAAUCGCAAAUGCUAGUAGUAUCAUCCACAACGUAACCGGUUUCUUGGUACAUAACGAUGUCAUAUAUGUGAAAAACCAUACUAAUAUUUAUCAAUUCAACAAAACAAAUAACAAAUAUCUCGGGGAAGUUGAUAUUUUUCCUUACGAUCGUAAUAUGUCGAUGAACUUCGCGGUGCAUAGUCCUAACAUUUUUAAAACUAAUAACAGUCGUAAUCCAUGUGUCGAAAACAACGGAAACUGCGAGAAUUUUUGCUUCGCUUUGCCACAAUCUGAAAAGGAAUAUACUAGCCUCCGAAAGCUUUGUAAAUGCUUUGAUGGAAUCAAGUGUAAUGCAAAACAAAUAAAUAAAUAAGAAGUAAAGUAAUUAAUACAAAAAAAAACCAA